CACAUUAAAGGGCAAGGAAAAAUGAAAUUUUCAACAAUUAUUCCAUUUUUCAGUUGCAUUACGAUCGCCACAUGUUACCAGUGUAAAUGGACUGCAUGUGAAGGCAGAUUGAUGAAUGGUGAUGAAAUCUGUGGCCAUUACGGAUAUGCUGUAUACACAGGGAAACGGCGAAGAGGCGAUUGUAAUUGGGAUGCGGAGGAGAAAUUAUGUUGCUCAAAACCUCCGCCAGUUGCCUGUAAGUGGUCAUCAUGCGAAGGAAUAUUUAAGAGUGGCAAUGAUGUCUGUGGAAGAAACAUAAUUGGUCAUUACACCGGUAGAAAGAUUAAAAGCGAUUGCAAGUGGGAUUCAGCGAGAAUGGAAUGUUGCGACAAAGCCCCAAUGAGUUUGGGAUGUAAAUGGGUUCCAACUUGUUUGUUAGAAAGCUACGAAUCUCGAGAAGCUAAGUGUGCCAAUGAAUUUGGAGCCGAAUAUAUGCCCACAAGAACUUUGCGUUGUGCUAAUUUAUUUGGCGUUGCGUAUGAAUGUUGUCCAAGCAAUAUAGAACAAGAAGAAAAUUUAGUAUUCGAUGAGACACAUUGAGGCAUUGAGGUAUACGACGCCAAAUUUGGAUUAAACCAUACACGUCGCACAAA